AUGGUCAGCCCUCCCGACUACAGCCGCCCAAACGGCAGGGCUGGGGGCCGGAGCCGGCGGUCGCCGCCGCUGACGCGGCAGCAGCGGCUGUGGGUGUCGGUCGUGGCCGCUGCGCUGGGCCUGCUGUUUGCCUGGGUGAUGCAAGGCGGCGGGCGGCGGCACCGCCAUGCGACAAGAGCGGCAGUGGAGGAGGCGGACCUUCCUGGGGGCCGCGCCGCCGCGCAGCAGCGGGUCAACGCGCUGCUGGAAGCCGCGGGCGCUGGGCACCUGGUGCAGCAGCCGGGCGCCACGCAGCAGCAGCAGCAGCAGCAGGGCGGCGGCGACCCGGACGGCGGCGCCAUCGCCGCAGGCGCGGCAGCGGCAGCGGCAGCGGCGGGCAAGGCUCAAGCCCAGCAGCAGCUGCUCGACGCGCAGGUGCAGGCGACGGCGCGGCAGCAGGCCAAGGGGCAGCAGCAGGCGGCGCUGGCGGCGGAGCAGAAGCCGCAGCAGGCGUCGGCGUCGGCGUCGGCGCAGCUGCCGGGCAUGGAGGAUGAGCGGGAGUGGUUCAACAAGCUGAGCAGCGAGGCGUGCGCCCGCGCCGAGCAGCUGCGCGUGUGCUCCCACCGCGGGCGGCUGGCUGUGGAGGGGGUCCCCCCCGGCUCCCUCUCAGCCUACUCUGUGCUGCACAAGGGCGGCGUCAGCUGCUACGACAUCGACUUUGUGCAGACGCGGGACGGGCAGCUGGUGGCCUCACACCCGGACGACCUGCAGGCGGCGCUGGCGGCGGGGGCCGCGGGGCAGGCCGCCGGGGGGCCGCCGCCGCUGGGGCAGUGGAGCCUGGCGGAGCUGCGGGCGGCGGGGGCCGACGAGGAGCGCUUCCCCACGGCGGACGCGCUGAUCAAGGUGUUUGCUGCGCUGCUGGAGCAGUCGGGCCUGCUGUGGAAGCCGGGGCAGGGGCAGCACGCGCCAGACUACGAGCAGCUGCCCGUGCUGCUGAUGGACCUGAAGGGCGAGGCCUACAACCCCGAUACCAUCAACUCGGUGGCGGCGGCGGCGGCGGCGGUGGAUGCCGAGGCGCACGUGGCCCUGUUUGUGGCCGCGCCGCAGCAGCUGGUGCUGGUGCUGAACCAGACGCGCUGGGGCGGGCCGCUGAUCCGGGGGUACAUGGACCGAGACGAUGCCAACCCUGCGCUGCCUGCCGAGGAGCUGGAGCCGUUUGCGCUGCUGGGCCCUUCCAUCAAGAUGGCAGACAGCUUCUUCGCGGCUGCCGCGCAGCUGGGCAAGCCGGUGCUGGCCUGGACGGUGGACUCCCCGCGGGACCUGCACCGAGCGCUGGAGGCAAACCUGAACGCCGCCAUCAGCAACCGGCCGCUGGCGGUACGGGGUGUACUGCUGGACUGGCGCGACCGCUGCUCCGAGCGCCAGGGCCGGCUGAAAGCGGAGCGGCGGCAGAGGCGCCGCCAGCGCCGUGCGCUGGAGGGGCAGGCGGCGGCGCGGCGGCACAGCACAGGGCGGCAGCUGCGGGGCGGAGAGCCGCAUGCGUAG